AUGAGGCUGAUAAGAGGUCCCUGGCAUAUACAGAACCUGGACUUUCAUCUGGCAUCAACCCGGGUAGCAUACCAACUAGUCAGAGCCACUGUGACUUACCGCCAUCAACUUCACCUACCUCACUGCCAUCUCUCCUGCCAUGUGGAACCCUGGGUUCCCAAAUGCCCAACCAACCACAUUCCUUCUGCAAAAACAGGUUCCCCAAAGUCUUCCCUUAUGCCUAAAGUGCUAGAGAUGGAUAUCACACAUUGUAUUCAGCAGAGGCUCUGGAAUCGCAAGGGACGCAGGUUCCUAAGACUCCGUUUCAUGUGUCAGCAGGAAAAAGGCAGUGAGGUUUGUGAGCGCCGGUGGCAUGGCACUUCGUCUUUGGACAUUGCCUUCUUGCUACUCUAUUUCAAUGACACUCAUACAAGUGUUCAGAAGGCUAAAUCUCUUCCCAGAGGCCAGGAGGAGUUUGUGGAAAGAGAAUCUUCUCUUCUCUUGCGGAGUGCCCGGCAAGCAUGCAGCACUGCGUCUGAGGUUUUCUGCUUCCAGGAACAUGAUGGGUCUGCAAAUAACCAGUGUUCCCUCCACCCUUACAAAGUCAGCUUCCACCAGCUGGGCUAUCACUGGAUCAUUGCUCCCAUCUCUAUACCCAAACAUUGUAAAGGAAUCUGCACUCGAGUGCUACCCUAUGGUCUCAACUCCCCCAAUCAUGCCAAUCAGAGCCUUGUCAAUGAAAUGGUGAACCAGAGUGUCCCUCAGCCCUCCUGUGUCCCUUAUAAGUUUCUUCCCAUGAGCAUCCUUCUGAUCGAGGCGAAUGGAAGUAUUUUGUAUAAGGAGUAUGAGGGUAUGAUUGCUGAGUCUUGCACAUGCAGGUGAUAGUGAAGUUAAAGCUAACUCCGGUUUUCCCAAGAAAGUUGUAGAAGGGGUUAAAAUACAUAUCAAUGUUAAAAACUGCAAGU